UGCAAGGAAUGAUUUAAACUAUGAUGCAUUGUUGACAAAUAAGAUAUAUAUGUUAGCAACUUCACAAAUUAUUUAAAUAAAAAUCGCAUACUAAUUUCGAGGGUGUGAUUUUUUUUUAGAAAAUUCAGUGUCUUGAUCAGAGUAAUUGGAGUUACAAGAAAGAAUUUUUUUCUUAACAGAAUAUGUAGUUUUCCAAUUGCCUUUCUACACGUUUGAUAUUUUCUCAUUAGGUUACUUUGUACUGUGGUUCUAAAAUGGCUAACUUUUCUGAAAGAUCAUAUUCCUUCAAUACUAGUGGUAGCAGCUCUCCUCUACCAUCACCUGUUCCAACAUAUCGUGGAACAAACACUGCUGUAGCAAAACGAUCAAAAUUUUUACGUAGAUUGUUUUAUUUCAAACACAUGGACUUUGAGUUUGCCUUAUGGCAGAUGUUUAAUUUAUUUGUUGCACCCCAAAAAGUGUAUAGAAACUUCCAGUACAGAAAACAGACAAAAAAUCAGUUUGCUAGAGAUGAUCCAGCAUUUUUAGUUUUACUUGGUUUUUGGUUAAUUGUGUCGUCUAUAGGUUUUGCUGUUGUUUUGAAAUUGCAAUUUCUAAGCUUUUUAAAAUUUUUGCUAUGGGUUAUUUUCAUUGAUUGCAUUGCAGUUGGUGUUUUGAUUUGCACUUGCUUAUGGUUUAUUACUAAUAGAUAUUUAAGAAGACCUUCAUGUAAAGAUCAAGAUGUUGAAUGGGCAUAUGCUUUUGAUGUUCACCUUAAUGCAUUUUUUCCUCUGUUGAUUAUAUUACACAUAUUCCAGUUAUUUUUUUAUCACAUAUUAAUAAGUCAAGAUUGGUUCAUUUCAAGAUUUGUUGGCAAUACGUUUUGGCUUAUAGCUUUGGGCUAUUACUUGUACAUUACUUUUCUUGGGUAUAGUGCAUUACCCAUUUUAGAAAAUACUCAAGUGCUACUUUAUCCUCUCCUUGUGCUCUUUCUGAUGUACAUAAUAUUUUUAGCUAUUGGCUACAAUAUUUGCCUUCAUGUUAUGAAUUUCUAUGAAUAUCGUGUUGUGUGAUUAUAAUUUAUAGUUCCAAAAAAUGUGUAUAAUUCAUAAAUCAUAACAUUAAUCUGUAAAAUAUGGUUUUUAAUCAUAUUCUCAUUAUAUUUAUAGGUAAUAGAUCGUAUUCAGUAUAAAAAAUAAAUAAUAAUAAGAUGAUAUAUUGAUUCCAAAAUGAAUUCUCAGGCUUUUUGUGAAUUCUUUUGUACUAAUAUGUAUAUGUAUGGAAAAUCUUUUAGGAAAUGUUUAAUAAAAAGGUGAUUUAGCUGCUAAUUGAAGUUUCUACCGAACAAAUAGUGCAAUCUGUUUUGUUGUAUUUGUGAUAAUUUGUAACUGCAUUCUUUAAUCCUGAAGCACAAAUUUUAAAAUUGUGUUGAGAAUUCUUGCAGAUAAGUUCUAAUACAAUGAAUACACACCAAGUCUCCUACACUAUUGUAUUUCAAGAUGCUUUUGUAUGUAUGUAAUAUAUAAUAAAAUAUUUUUAUUUGUAAUAAAAAUUAUUUUC